AUGCAGGUUCUUGUUAACCAAAGGUCUCGGAACCAGUUUUUUAGGGUCUCACAGACGAGCAGAUUGAAGAACUGAAAUUGAUUGACGAAUGGGGGCAGAAGUGUAUCCCCAGUGGAGGGUAUAUUGAGUGUAAGGACGACAUUGGUCGCAGAAAUGGGAAAGGUACCUCAUACUACCAAGUGCCACUAUUAUUUUCAGCGCCGACGGAAACUAUGGCAGCCGUACUCCGGAAAACCAGUGAUGAGGCCAAGGCCUUAAUUUCAAAGGUGCGUCGCCCACUUAUGUCGACAUCCCAUUCAUAGGAUCUUGUGAAACAAAACCAGUUGAUGAAGAAGGGAAUUGUCCACGAGGCAUUUAUGAUGCUCAGUGGUGCUGUCACCAUUGUCUACCCUAUGGGACUGCCACCAUACGAUCCAAUUCAAAUGGAACUCAAGAAUGAGGAAGACCUCUCGGGCACUCAUGUGCGUUUGACCUGGCUCGCCCAAUUUACUUUUUCUCGUUCUUGACGUAGUUUGCCUAUUCUCCUCAAGCGUCUUGAUUGUAGGUGGAUUUUUGGUCCAUAUCACUAUGUUCUAACCUUAAUCUUCGCGGUUUCACUACUAUAAAUGGUCAUCAUCAUGUUUACCUCGAGACCUCGGUACUAUAGUGUCGAGAAGCUUAUAACCUUCUCCGAUUAUCUCUGUUAUCGGCAUAUACAUUUUGCUUGCAAAAACAGUCUCAGGUUAUAGCGCGUAUACUUACUCUAGGGCCAAAGAUGCAACCCAAUUAAUGCAUUCCUCCGGGCUUCCUCUAAGACCGAUGGGUAACUGUUAAGACACUAAGCAGUUAAUCGGUGUAGUACGUUCAUUAUACAAGGAAACAGUCCCCUACUUUCUCGAGAUUUGCGUGUAAUUUUUAAAAGCUUCAUCACUUUGUCACGUAAGUUACCUUUCUUCAUCAGCUUCCUCUUAAUUGUUUUUUCAAAAGGCUUCUCUUUUCACAAACAUCAUAUCAGGCUCAGACCGAAGUGAUACCUCCGGAUGA